CAUAAGUGUGGCACGAUAUAAAUAAAAUUAAACUGAAUUAUUUUCAGUCACUCAAAUUACCUUUCUUCAUCAUUCUGAUGCUCGAGCUGAACUUAUGCAGGUCGUCUUGAUCAUGUCUACAUGCCUAAAUGAACUGAGUUUCUUUAUUUUGAUUAGCUAAUUACAUAUUUGCAUUAACAAGCGGUUGAAUAGUUGUACCUAAUGUAAUGGCUAUUUAGUGCAUAAAAACAAACAAACAAAAAAUCUAAAAGACAAAAAAGUAACAGCACAGAGACUAUGAACCUUGACAGCUGUUGUGGAAAUGAAUGCAGAAUUAAAACAACAACAUAAUUACACUAAGCUUGUGUGCGUGCAUGUUUUUACCUACAGAAAGCCACAGCAACAGAAAUGGUGUAAAACAUGUUCUCCUUUUCUUUAUAUCCUGUGGUUUUAGCUCAGGCUAACAUCUAUAGGCACUUUCAAAAGCCUGUUCACUGUAUAGCUUGUGGUCUUUAUGUGGGAGUUUCAGCACUGCUACUUCCUGUGGUUGUCCUCUGUGUAAGUUCUGCAAAAUGAUUGAUCGAGUGUAUCAGUCAGACGUCUGGACAGUUGUGGUUUUCAGCUUCAUCAUGUCUGGACUCCUGUUACUUGUCAUCUUCGUGAUUUUCUCACCUGAGCUUCAAGGACAAGGUCAGAAACCACAGAUGAGUGUUCAUCAUUUUGAUGGGGAAUAUGUUCUCAUCCUUUGCUCUCUGCCUGGAUCUGUGAAAGAUGACACAAGAUGUAAUCUGUACUUUGGAGAAGCAAGUCGUGCAGUCCUAAAUCAAACUGUGAAGAAGGAACGCAACAAAAAAGACCAGAGGUUCUGCCAGUUUUAUGUGUCCGUUGCUGAUUUUUUGAGACAUCUACUUCUUGUUCAACAAAAGGAUGCCAGCUGUGAUUACAGUUUGGAAAAUGAACCCAACUCUUUGUCACCUCGCAGUGAAAGAAUGAACAUGAAAAAUAUUUUGGAGAAAGAAUCACCAACAACCAAAGUGAACUCCCCAUGUACCAUGACCACAGAAUUUCCAAAACUUCAAAACCCUACCUCACAAAAGAAAAAGAAAACAUCAGAAUCAAGAGCGACCACCACAAAGUCAACAUCUACCACAGCCACAGCAAAACCGCAGCAAAAUACUUCCCCCUCUACAACUGUGAACUCACCGUCUAAGUCAGCAGAAUCAAGUCUCACGACACCCAGGGCUUCCAUUUCUAACAGUACUGUGGACUCACCAUCAGAAGAAGUCUCAAGAAAGACAAACACAAAAUCAUCAUUUACCUUGACCACAGAUUCAAACAAGACUGAUACCACAGUAAAAGUCGAAGAGUCAUUAUGGAAUUUGGCAGCAGCUGUGACAAGAUAUGGAAUAGUUGUGGGCUUCAUCCUACUGGUACUGGGGCUUCACAUAUUCAAAAGGAGAACUGGUGAUUUUGUACGGAUGAGAACAAUUAACCAUGGAGGAUCGUUACCGGCAGGUAAUGAUGGAGGCUCCAGUGUGAUUCUUUCAGUACCUGGUGACAACUGUCUUACUAUUGAGGAGAACAUAAACUUGCAGCAGAUGAAAAAUGAAGAUUCUGACAUUUACCACGUGUACGGCACCAUCUCUGAGGAAACAGAUGCACCAGAUUCACAGGAUACGAUUUAGAGCCUGCUGGACGCACACUGAAACAUUUUUGGUGAUGUUGUCCGUAAAGUGUAUUUAAAGGGAUUUAAUUAAUGUAAAGGUGGGGAAAGUUUUACAGGUAGUAGAUGUAUUCUUGCAAAAAGCCUUGAACUUAAAUUGUUGUAGAUUCUUUUUUCUAAGGAUAAUUGGCAUGAUCAUGCAGUUUUCAGCUUUUGCAUUUUUAAUAAAUGUUUUUAGAUCUUCAUUAUUUUGUUUUAAGUAACUGUAAUUUGGAAGAUGACAGUCAUAACAUCUGAGUCAUUCCCAAACUUCGAACUAUGUAUACUGUUGCCAUAUAAUAAGACUAGCUUACUUUCAAAUUAUCCAACUUUUCCAACAAUCUCUCCUUUAUAGAAUUAGCUAAUAGACUAUAUGUAUCUAUUUUAAUGGUGUCAUUUGCAUUUCAGAUUGUGUUUUUCAACUGUUUUUAAGGUGGGAUGUAUUUGUUUUGUGUUAAUACAAACUAAAGGGGAAACAACAUAUUAAACAUGUAUCUACAAACUGUCAACUGACAACAUAAAAUGUUUUUCCAAAAUCUGCCUGGAAAAGGUCAAAGGAUUUAACUUCAUGUCCUUUUCAGUUUUCUCUAGGUAUUAAAAAACAAAAUCCUGCUUUUUUUAAAGGUUAUGUUGACACAGUUUGAAGUAAAGGGUUUUGUCUAAAUAUUAAAAAAGCCAAUCUUGACUUCAAUCACAGGUCUCAGAAAUCGUGGAUUUGAAUGCCCAAAAAUGUAUCUUCCAUUUAAACCCUGUACUAUUGCCAUGUCACACUUUCAGGAAUGAAAAACCAUAUUCAGUGAAACAAAAAUAUUUAUUUGUUUAUAUAAUUUAUAAACAAACAAAAAUAAACCUACUAA